AUGGACGCACCUCGUAAGCAGCAGGUGUCGUUGAGAGGAGCAAGUGCGAAGGAGAUAACGCGUGACGCCCUUCUUCAGAAGGUCUCCCAGGAAAGAGAACUUCGCAAUUAUGCAAAACGAGCUGCUGCUGCUGCUCUCUUCAUUCAGAGUAUGGAGGCGGUUCAAGGUCACAAAGACAGUUUCUUUGCAACUUCAGCAACAGUGGGAGACAGUGGUACAUCAUUAUCAUGGUGUGAUGACAGCAAAUUGGAUUUCAGACAAUUUGCUGAGACCAUUUCUAUUCUUUAUUACCCGUAUCUCAACUCAGCAUCAAAAGGUCCACUGCAAGAGAGUAGAUUCCAUGAAACUGUGCUUUACGAUCCUAUUGGAAAGCCUGAAAUCUUCUGUGAAUGCCACUCAGGGGCCCAUGAUAUUACUAUUGUUACAUCUCUAGCUAUGCGUGUUCUUGUAAUGUUAACUGAUCUGAAAGGAUGGAAAGGAAUUACAAAUGACAACCUCUUUGAUGCAGACUUAGCAGUGGAAGAUUUAAUCCAGUUCAUGGGGGGUAAAAAAAGUGGUUGUUAUGUGUCUAUUGGCAGAUAUAUUAGUGCCUUAGAAAAUCAUUCUUCUCUGUCAAAGACCACCCAGGCAGAUGAAAAUUUUUUCAUUACUGCAAGUGCAAUAACAUUAGGUGUACGGCCGUUUUAUCUGACAAACUAUGAUGCAGAAGUGCCUAAGACGCAGGAUUUCAACGAUGCUGCUGAGCAGUAUAUUAUUUAUCUGCUGACUAUACCUUGGCUAGUGAAACAUCUCCCCCUUGUUCUUCUACCAGCAUUAAAGCACAAAUCUAUUUUGUUUCCAUGCUUCCAGACUCUAUUGGAACACCUCUCUGAUGUAUAUUUAGAUGCUGCUUUCCAGUGA